AUGGCCGACGACCUCGUCGUGAGCUUCUACUGCGCCUGCAGCAACGUCAACGUCCGCGGUCCGCCGCAGAGCUUCCUCCAAGGCGCCUUGGCCUCACUACGCGGGCAGUCGCCCGACGUGCCCGAGUGCCAGCUGCUCAUCGAGCACCUCUCGCAGGCCACAACGGCAGGCGCGCCGAGCUCGCUGCGCAUGUACGAGACUGAGAUCGCCAAGAGCAGCAACCCAUCGUUCGUCCUUGGCAUUGAACUGCCGCUACCCACGACCAGCGUCGAGGACGUUGUCCACAUAUCGCUUGUGCGCGUGCAGGACAAGCUCUCGAUCGCCUCGUGCGUGGUUGCCAUGCGCUACUUGGCCAGCCAGGUGCGCCUCGGCGCGCCUGUCAUCUACAUCCCGUUGACGCUGCGGAAAGGCCAUACCACGCCGCCCACGAUAUCGAGCCCCGCGAUGCUCGGCGCGAAAGACCCUGCGAUCGCCCUCACCGUCGCGCGGAUCCGGCCACUCGCGCACCCGCUGGUCCCGACGCAGCACCAUCUCAUGCAGACGUACUCGUUUCCGUCGACGACGCUCGGGCCGCGGCGCGUGGCCGAAGAGAUCAUGGAGGUCGGGUACCAUACGCGCAUUCCCAAGCUCUUUUUAAAGCACAUGCACGCCGAGCUACAAAUGUUUACCGAGCUUUGGCACGUGCGCUGCGAGAACGAGCGCAAGCGGCAGCUGAUUUUCGACUCGGACGACGAUGCGCUCGCCGCUGGCUGCGACGUCUUUCACGUCGCGGUUUUGGAAGCCCGCAACCUCAAGCUCGACGGGAUCCCGCCACCAACUGCGCCUGCACCGACGACGACUGCACCUACAACGACGGCACCGACAACGACUGCACCGGCGCCGACAUCCAUGACCAUGUCGCCCAACACGGCAGCGACGACUGUUACAUCGCCAACCGCCACCGCCAUCAACCCGUUCAUUCGCAUCUCGUUUGGCGAGACGGACAAGCCCGAGGCCGGGCCCGACGCGCCGUACCCGGCCACGCCCAUGCAAGACGUGGGCCGCACGCGCACCGAGAUGGCGACGUGCAACCCGGUGUGGGGCACGCAUCGCCGGACGUCCGUGGCGUCGACGUCGCCGCAGAUGAAGAAGAUGGCGACGUCGCUCAGCGCCGACGGCCCCAAAAAGCCCGCGUCGUCGUACUCGAUCUACCGGCCGUCGCACCGCGUGUGCAACUCCAAGGGUGUCGUCCAGUUUAGCGUCUACCACGAAGCCAUUUCCAGAGUCAUGGAAGUGCCCAUCGGCCACGUCAUUGUGCCGUGGCGCAUCCUGAAACUCAAGUCGACGUCCAUGAGCCCGGACACGACCUUGCCCGACCCGGACGCGGAGUAUGUCUUUGACGUGGACGACUGGGUGCCGAUCUACCCGCGCGGGGACCGGCGCUCGAUGCUUGGCGGCGUUGAGCCCGUUGGCGAAGUCCACAUCCAAGUGCGCAUCAAGUGCUCCAAGGCCAAAUUUGGGCUCGUGAGUGAGACGGCGCUCGGAGCCGUGGACCAGACGCCGAUGUUCCGCCUCGCCGACAAGGCCAAGGACCACGAGCUCCGGAAGCGCAACAAGCACUCGCACAUCCGCACCGAGCCGGACGGCGCACCGAUCCCGAUCGAGACACUCGCCAAGCAUGUGGCGAACCUCGACGGCCACCUCGCCGACCUUGAAAAGAUGAUGGAAGACGUGGCGGAUCGGGAUGCAUCGAAAUGCUGGUUUCGGUCGUCCAAGGAGAAGAAGGAGCUGCUCGUGCAACCUUUGGCGACCAACCUCCACCUCUCGUACUUUCGGACGUUUGCCGAGUCGCCCGUGCGUCGGUUCAGCACGGGCGCGUCGAGCUUUCGGGCGUCGUCGCUCAAUGGGAUUGACGUGCCGGCCGUAACGCUGGACGUGCAAGACGCAGUCACGGCGACGGUGAGCUGCGGCGCGCCGACGGCCCACGCAUUGGGCCUCGACAAGCAUGGUCUUUUGGAUUUGGAAGACGCGAUGCUGGCCGCGACGGACGCGACAAGCUUUGAUGCGGCCAAACACGCGUACAUGUACCGCAAGAUCCUCUGCGUGUCCCAGUCGCUGAGCGUCCUCGUCACGACGUUCCUCGCGCAGCUCGAGCUUGCACUGAGUCCGUCGACGCGCGACGGCAUGGCCGUUCUGCGUCAAUGGACAAGCAUCGGGUUUCUAGUCCAGUGGGAGUCGCUCGUCUCGUCGCAGGGCCACGAGCUCCGCAUGCUCUCGGACGCUUGGGUCGCCAUCAAGACGCUCGAACGGUUUGUGUUUCAGUUUGAGGGGCAGACCGAGACGUCCCGCAUUCGCCUCACGACGGCCCAUGACGGCAAGGGAUACGUCAUCCACGUCCCACUGCCGUCGUCGACACUCGUGGCGUUGCCCGGGCCGCUCCAAACUGGCGCCACGAUUGCAGUCGUGCCCGUCCUCUUCACCCAAGGCAUCAACGAGAUGCAAUCGCUGGCCAACAUGAUGGGCACGACCGGCUGGGACCUCCAGCACAAGGUCAACCAAAAGGCCUUUAAGACGCUGCAAGCUUACGCAGCCAGCUACACGGCCAUGGACGAGCAUGUGCAUCUCGAAGGGUCCGCGCCAAUUGCCGCCUUGCAGACACUCACGUCGCUGCUGGAAGCCGAGACAAAAGCGGCGGCAACCAAGAACACACGGCUACUGCUCGAAGCGUCGGACGUCGUCCGGUGUCUCAACGGCGGCCGCGUCACGUUUUGCAAGAGCGGGAAGGAUCGCACUGCCAUGUCGAUCACGCUCGACCAGAUGCGGCGCGUGCAUGCCACGUCGUCGGUAACGAAAGACGUCGAAGCGCUCGUCAAGCCGGUCGCCAACUACUCGUUCAACGCCCUGCAGCGCAAGAUGCUGCCCAAGAUGUACCGCCCGCCGCUCGAGUCGAUUCAGGGCAUGGCAGCCAAAGGCCAUACGUGA